CCAUAAGCUUUCAAACUGCACGACGUAAAAGAAAAUAAACAAAUUGAAGACGGUUACGAUUAGUCGAAAAUGUCGUGGCAAACUUACGUUGAUGAGCACCUUAUGUGCGACAUCGACGGCCACCAUCUCACGGCCGCCGCUAUCAUCGGUCACGAUGGCAGUGUUUGGGCCCAGAGCUCCAGCUUCCCUCAGUUUAAGCCAGCAGAGGUUGCGGCCAUCAUGAAAGAUUUUGAUGAACCUGGAUCCCUUGCACCAACAGGUUUGCACCUUGGUGGCACAAAGUACAUGGUGAUCCAAGGAGAGGCUGGAGCUGUGAUUCGCGGAAAGAAGGGUUCUGGUGGCGUCACUGUGAAGAAAACGAACCAAGCUCUCAUUUUUGGUAUUUAUGAUGAACCAAUGACUCCAGGACAGUGCAACAUGGUUGUAGAGAGGCUGGGUGAUUACCUCCUUGAUCAAGGCCUGUAGGCUCUUAAUUCUUCGACUUAGCUUCAUGGUUGUCAAAUGCUGAUUUCUGGUUUGGGCUUGCAGCUGGCCAUGAACUGACAUUAAUGAUUUUGCUGGGAAAUAACGUUGUGAGGACAAAACAGUGGUUUUUUUCCCCUACUUUUAUUGUUGAUUGUGUAGGUCCAUUGCCUUUUUCUUUUCAACUCCAGCUAUGCUUUCUUAAUUUAUGUGUAUUCAUGCUCCGGUCUCUUAAUUAAGUUUGCGUAUUUCAAGUUUGAACGUUUUGGAUUUAUUUUAUAAUACAUAAUACAAAGAUUUUCUA